CUAAAACGGGCAAUUUCACCAGAUUGUCGUCAACACACACCAGGUGCUACUGUUCGUCGUGCGCGAUAUCGUUCUCUUUCUGCUUGAGGGACUCCAACGGCCCGACCUUUGAACGUCAAUGAUGCAAGUUCUUUAAUCCGGUGUGCAUCCUGCCAUCCGAGUGCCUGGGCCAGCUCGCCGCCCACCCGAAGCAUUCGCCUCACCAUCCUCAGCAUUCCGCUGUCGCCGUUCCUUGAAGAUCACGAUGGCUCCGCAGCCAGUACAGCCUCCGGACGGCGGUAAACAGGCCGCUAAUGGCAACAAUCCUGUUGGGCCCCCGUCGGGGCUCUCGGCGAUCCCUGCGCUGUACAAUUCGGAACAAGGCAUCCGGCAAACAGCGAUUUACUACCACAAGUUUCGCCUACGAUUCCCGAGCAAUGAGUACAACUACGAAGACGUUGCGCUGGCCGCCUUGUUCGUGGCUUGCAAGGCGGAGGAUACUAUCAAAAAGUCGAAAGAAAUACUGUGCGCCGCGCACAAUCUUAGGCAACCCCAUGACCACAAAACGCCCGACGACAAGAUCUUUGAGGCAUCGUCUCGGUUUACUAUCGGGCUAGAGCGACACAUUCUCGAAACCAUCGGGUUUGACUUCCGUGUCCAAUAUCCACAGAAGCUCCUAGUCAAGAUGGUCAGGAAAAUGUUCCCACGAGAGGACAACGAAAGUCGCGGGGAGGGAAAGAAGUUCCUUCAGGUUGCCUACAGCAUGUCCAUCGACCUAUACAAGACGUUUGCGCCCGUUAAGCAGACCAGCUUCACGAUGGUGCUAGCUAUCCUUGAGCUGACAGCACUGCUUAUGAACACCAGUACCGAGAGGACGAAAGAAUUCAGGAAGACUGCGGCCUGGCACAGUGAAAGGACAUGCGUGCUCGAAACGGUGUUGGAUCUGCUGGAUCUCUACACGCGCUUUCCUAAGUCCACCAAUGUCGGUCUCCGCUUCGAUCUGAAGAAACUGAUGGACAUAAAGAUCGACAUGAACAAUCUUGUGGCCAAGGAGAAGUAUUCGCGCUACUAUGGGUGGUGCGAUCGAUGCGCACCCGACAUUCUAGAUGCCCGUUCUGUCACACCCGGCUCGGCCACAUCCCCGGCGACAAACCCCUCGCUGUCUGGAAAUGGGGCAGUGAAGCGCAAGAGGCCAACUAACGAAGGCACCCAGAGGUUCGUGUUUGACGCCACUGAAGCGCGUAAAGAGAAGGAACUUGUCAGUAGCUAUUUCGAUGAUGAGUACGAGGAGCACGAGGUGGAGAUUGAGGAGCCGAUUCGGGAGCCAGAGCCGCGACACCCUAGUCGAAGCAACCACUCCAACCGCGGCCAUGGACACAACCACGCAGAUUACGGUUGGACGGGCCAUCAUCGAAGUGGCAGGCAUGGGCAUCACGGUGAUCGACAUCGGAGUCGACGAGGCUAUGGCUAUUGAGUAGGACACCGGUGUUGCUGAAAGUUGAUAUAAGGUACCUGAGUAUUUUCGCGCAUAUUGAUACCCAAUAUCAUCGAUACACUCCCCCCGCCUUUGGCGCGGGUCUGUUUACAGUUAUGGGUAUUCGUGUAAUUGCUCCCUCUUCCAUGGCGCAUGCGUCUUUGUACCGCCAUGGAUAAGGUAGGCACGUUUGAGGAACCAGACCAGCUUGUUGGCCCCUAGCUCGUGCCGGCCUUUCCUCACCUUUUCUCACCUGAGGGAGCCUAUCUAUCAGCUGCUUGCUGCGGCAGAGAUGCAUUACUCGAUGCACUGCCUAGCCGAUCUGUGAACAGGUGGAGGGUC